CCUCUCAAGUACAGAAGAGAUUUUCGUUUUUGAAACACGUUAACCUUCGCAUCACUUAUGGAUAUCUGCUUCAUCAUUUUCGUAUACCUGAUGUAGAUCAUCCACAUCGUAUAGAAUUUUCAAACUUUUAAUUAAUCCAUUUGUGACAAAGUGUUUAGGGAAAUGUUCUUUCAUUCAGUUAGCAAAUUCAAAAAUAAUUAUUUGUUUGGUAUUGAAUGCAUCCUCUUCGUGUUAAAUGCCAGAUUCAAGGAAAUGACCUGUUGUGCAAUUCUUAACGUUCACGCGUGUGCCUAGGAAAUAUUCUGAACCAACGAUCAAUGGGAUUUUUGUAAUCACAAUUUUUUAAACCUUAAACUAAACGUUUCUUAUCGACCUCGUACUACAAGCUCAUCAAUCUGUUCUAUUUAACAUCGAGGUUUUGGGAUUUACACUGGCAAAAUAAGAAACAGGUCGGAGUUAUGCUCCGCGGACACUAUACGUAAAAUUCAGCCUCAUACGCACGCAGGACGUAACCAAGUGCUGUGCUAUUCAAGCAUUGACCACCAAGCCAGCCGAACUGUGUCAAAAUGUCUGCCAUUAACGUGCUGAUUAAGGCAACGCUUUUGGGGAUGACGUUUCUUUCACUUGCAACGGCCACUCCUCGACGAAAGCCUGUUGAUAAAAUUCCAAUAUCAAGAGAAGAAUGGGCAUCCUUGAAUCCUUACGGUUCAGAUCCGGAUGCUUAUCCGGUUGCAGAGAGAGCCAACAUUAAGAAAAUACAAGAACAAUGGGAACGCUUUUUUGAUUAUCUACCAUGGCUGAAAGGUCCACCUGGACCACCUGGCCCUCCAGGGCCACCAGGACCUUCUUUCGGUAUAGAAGUUGGACGAGAUGGAGAAUACGCUGAAGAAGGAAGAUAUGGAGGAGGUGGCCAUGGCGGAGGUGGAUACCGAGGAGGAGGAGGAGGCUACGGAGGUGGGGGCUACGAGAAACCGAAGUACAUUGCCGGGCCACCCGGCCCUCCAGGUCCACCCGGUCCAGCGGGCUAUAAAGGAGACACAGGUGCUCCAGGCUAUCCUGGUGCUAUUGGUGCACCGGGUUAUCCAGGUAAAAACGGAUCUCCCGGCCCGAGGGGACCAGCGGGCGAAAGAGGACUACCAGGUUACGAUGGAAUUCCUGGAAAACAAGGCAUCCCUGGAGAAAGAGGUUAUCCGGGCAAAGCUGGACCACCUGGAUUGAUUGGACCUCCUGGUUAUAACGGAAAGGAUGGCUUACCCGGAGGGCCAGGACCGGUUGGAGCCAAAGGAGAUCUUGGAUACCCAGGUCGACCUGGUAAAGAAGGACGUCCGGGCCCUGUGGGUCCUACAGGAUAUCCCGGUAAAGAUGGCUUUCCAGGAUUGCCUGGUGGGCCGGGUCCAAAAGGAUCGUUAGGGCCAAUAGGUCCCGUCGGGCCAGCUGGUUAUCCUGGCAAAGAUGGACUUCCAGGAUACCCUGGAAAAGCGGGACCUAAAGGAGAUGCAGGAUACAAUGGACUACCAGGUGCUCCUGGAAAAGAUGGAUACCCCGGAGCACCGAGCAAAGUUCCUGGACCGAGAGGGCCUAAAGGAGAUCCUGGAUACAAUGGAGCUCCAGGAAAAGAUGGGUUCCCCGGGCCUGUAGGACCAGUAGGUCCUGUUGGACCUCCGGGAUACACCGGAGCGCCAGGCUUUCCUGGGAAACCAGGAAAAGAAGGCCCACCAGGCCCAACUGGCACUCCAGGUUAUCCAGGAGAACCUGGCCCAGUCGGCCCGCAAGGUAAAUCUGGUCCACCAGGUUUCAAUGGAACGCCAGGACGUCAAGGCCCAAUAGGACCUAUCGGACCAUCUGGGCCAAUGGGUACUCAAGGAAAACCAGGCCCACCGGGUUAUCCAGGAGUUCCAGGUCCAGAGGGACAAACUGGACCUCGUGGUAAGCCAGGUGUCGAUGGAUAUCCAGGACCGCCAGGAUCGCCAGGACCUUCAUAUUCUCCACCUAAAUACGAGAAACCUUCUUACGAUACAGUGAGCUACAGUGGAGGAGGAUCAGGAUAUUCUUCGCAAAAUUACAGAUUGCAAUCAAAAGAAUCGACAGUUAAGGAUGUUCCCGAUGUCAAAUCGGGUAGCACAGCAUCUGCUGUUGAUUUAGGUUUCCUAUCUCCAACACUGCCCAGCAGCUAUUGGAAUUGAACGACGGACAUGUGUGGCCCUGCGUUCCACACUUUAUGAACCCAUCCAAAGGCAAACACAAAAAUACUCUGCGAUCUGUAUCCGAAUGGUUUCCAGUACGUGUUUAAUAAGUCAGUUUUAAUGAGUAUUCUAUUUAAGAGAAAGACAUCAAAGUUAUAGUGCUUUUUUUUAGAAGCAAACCCAUUUUGUCAAAAACCCUAUUGUUCAAGUUUUCGUUAUUGUCGUUAUCGUUGCGAACGUUAAAUAUAAUUUAUUGAUCCUGCCAAA